AAAAGCUCUUAGCUGUUGAAUAAUGCCAAACAUUCUAUUUCAUGAUGCACAUAGGACGCGUUGGCUCAGGCGCUGUAUCUACGCAUCAUUACCAGACUGGGAUUCUGAGUUUUGUUUUACAAAAAUGUGAUGUGUAUUGCCAUUGAUUAAACUGAAGAUUUGAUGACAGAUGGAGGUGGACGAUUCUGAUUCAGCAAGUAUAGAAUAUGAAUUUGAGACACAGCCAGGAAGUGUUGGUUUCAUGGUGCUGGACUCGCAGUCGGAGCCUCAGGCCAAGAAUACUGAAGAGGGUGAUGUGAUGCAGAUGUGGCCUGCCCUGCAGCCAAGAGAACAGAAAGAGGAGGACGUAAAGACUUCAAGAAAAUGUAUAACCUCUGUAAUGGACACAUCUGGUGAUGAACAAAAACCAACAGAAGCUCCACAAAUUUUAGCAACUGAGACAGAAUUAAGUGAGUCUGAGCUGGAAAAUGAUGUCACUGUGAUUGAGAAACCAGAAAAGACAGACAGUCAAAAGCGAACAACAAGUAAUGAAAAGCCCUCGGCAUUGUUUAGAUCCAUGUCUCCACAGGAUAUGUUUGAAGAUGAGGAGAAAGAAGUGUGUACACCAGCAGGGUUUGUGGGGUCUCUACAUUUGUCUAAUCAGGCCAUGCUGGUCCCUGAAACUACAGAGUCUGAUCCCUUCCCCUCCACCCCAGAAGAAUUUGCCGAUCUCCCAAGAAUAAUACCUAGCUCACCCACAGAUGGGUCUUUUAAAGAUGACUCUAUAGAUAACCCAGCUCACUACGAUCCACAACAAGACUCCACCCUGGCAGAUGAUGUCACUGUCCUGCAGAAACCAAAGUCUGAUAAAUCUGAUGAACUGGAGAAGAAGACUCCAAGUUCCUCUGAGGAAAAAGAGGAAGAGGAGAAACAGACAUCCAAGUCAGAGUCCGUAGAGUAUAAUCCAAAGGGGGUGUCUACAUUGGCUGGGAGUUCAGAUGACCAAUCUCUACACCUACACUACUCUGAAACCCAGAAGUCAUCACAAGCACAGAAACACCCAGCUGAUUCAGUAGAAGUUGUUGGAACUGAGUUUAUGGAUGUCAUUUCUAUUCACAGCACUGAUCCAACUGAGAUGGACCAAGUGCCAGAAUCUCAGGAGCUAUCCUUGAGAUUGACUCCGUCACAGAGUGAUAAAUCGGGCAAAGAAACAGAUAUAGAAAUAGUGCCUGACCAAAACAGAACAAGGCUACCACUGGUUAAAAGUCAAGAUCUAGUCACAGAAAAGCAGACCACAAUUCAAAGAAGACAGGCCUGCCUUUCCCAGCCAACCAAACUGGACAGAAACAUGGAAGUAGAUGUGAGCAGACUUAAGAAAUUAGCUACGGAGGCUAAAAGCAAAGAAUUGGAUGUUACAUUGGCGUCUGAAUCAGAAAACUUUGCGUUGUCAUUACCAAAAGAUGGGGAGCUUUUACAUCCCAAAAUCUCGAAUGGAAAAUUGUCCAGAUCUGGAGUUCAAAAUGAGGCAAGUCAGAGAACCAGUCAAGAAGCAAGACCUAAUCGCUACAUUCUGGAUAGUCUAGAGCAGGGACCCAGUCAAAAAGCAGGGCCUAGUCAUUACAUUCCUGAUAGUCCAGAGCAGGAAACCAGUUGUCAUCGUGUAGACCCUGGUCUAGAGAACACACCACCUGCAGUACCUGUAUCAGUGGAAUCUCAGUCCCAGGGAUCCAAUCAGAGCUUUAUGCUGCUGCAGCCAGACGUACAGAACAUAACCAUCAGGGACUCGGAGGAGACUCAGAAAAAUGUCUUCAAAAGUGUAAAAGGGAGAGAUUCUCCAAGGAAAAGACUGAUUCAAGAGGACAGUGAUGAAGAAGUAGUCAUUGUGCAGAGACACAAGAAGUCCCGACCAUUAAGUCAGGAUGAUUUUGAUGAGGUCACGUGUCAUAUCACAAAGUCACAGUCCAAGCAGACUGGUACCCCUGACAUCACGUCAUUGGAGAAGACAUCCCAGCCGACAGACAAGGUGGCCCCAGGAGGGACUCCGUUAAGGAAGGUUCCGUCUAUCUCUAGUGAGGGCAGCCAGUCGAGAGUCUCCCUCUACAAGAAGACCUCGGUGUCAACAGAGGGGGGAUACCAGGCCAGUGUAGAAGAGGAACACAGCACCACUCACGUGGCUGAGCAGGAACUAGUCGUUCACAGCACCACUCAUGUGGCAGAUCAGGAACUUGUCGUUCAGAGCCACGAACCCGAACCCUUGAUAGCCAUUCCUGUUCACGUUCCAGGAGAAGUGGUUCAAAGCCAUGAAGCUGAAACUAUGAAGGUAACCAAAGCACAGAAGAAACGCAGACACCCAGCGAAUCCAAUAGUACAGACCCCUGUCUCUGGGAAGAAAAGAAAGUGUCUAACAAAGCUGAGGAUCAGGAAAAGUUCCCCCAAAGAAACCACAGAAGCUGUGACCCCCACUUUAUUGACGACGCCCACUGUGACUACAACUUCAUCUACCAGCGGCGAGGAAGGCUCCCAGAUCAAUGCGACAAGGCCAAGCCUGCUGUCCGAGAGGUCAACCAUCGUCCUCUCGCCACCGCUGGCCCGGGCAUCAUCCCUGGAAUCUGUGCUGGCUAAGCCACCUCUGAUGUCCACAUCAGUGACACCGACAAACAGACCAACGAAGGUCAGGACAAGUCAAACAGAACCCAGGUUCAAGGUUCCACCGAGGAGGUCAUCAGAUUUAGAUCAACAACUGACUGCUUCACAAGACGUUGAACGCAAGACCAUCAUUGUAAAGGUCAAGCAGUUUGAAGUGCGGACAGAAAUAACAGAAAUCAUAAGGCAGGGAAAGGUGGUGUCCAAAACCGAGAAGGAGAUAGCAAAGGAGCCAGUGACCAUUAAAGUGAAGACUUAUCAGGAACUGGAGGCCUUGUCUCCUAGUACUCUGUCCCCCUCCCGCACAGGAAGUUCCUUGACCUCAGGCGACCUGGGUGACAUCAGUUCAAGUCUCUCAAAGUCAGGGUCAUCUAACGUUCCGUCUUCGUUGAGUGAACAUGAUGUACCAUCAAGGCAACCAAGCAUCUUAAGUCUGGAUGGCAGUACUGAGGUGUCACAGGUAAUCUCCCCUGUCCAGGAAUUACCAGAGCCCACAGACAGAGUUGUGGUGGCCCCGCCGGUGGUUACCGGCACCACCACUCCAGUCCCCUCUACAAGAUCGGCCUCCUUUUCUCCUAAUGUCUCCACUGGGUUCAGUAUUGAUUGUGCCUCUGUCCAAGCCGAGUCAGUGGUCAGUAAACCCAGUACUAGUGCAGGAGCUGGUAGAGAAGUUCCAGAAGAGAAACAGAGGGGUGGAUCUAGUGGAGAAGUCAGUUCUGAGGUUCCUUAUCAAGAUGAAGUCAAUGUGAUGGCGACCUCGGAAACUACUGGAGUCGGCUUGAUCCGAACGGAGCCUGUGAAAGAUUCCAGGAUAAUGGCUAAGUGGAAAGAUGGCUAUUUUUAUCCAGGGACAGUACUAAAAGUUGAUGGGUCUAGGUUCCACGUGAAGUUUGAUGAUGGAGACUGCUGCUGGGUUAGACACUCUCAGAUUCUGUGGGUGGAGCGCCUCCCUCUGGGGCAGCCUGUCAUGGUUCAGUCACAGGACGGCUACUUUGAUGCUGGUCUGAUUGUGGGGCAGGAAAAGAAGGGCGGGGUCGUACAGUACUCUGUGGAGAAGGACUCGGGGGAACAACGACUGUUUCACAAGAGUCAGGUGAUUUUAAAUGAGGACCAGGCUAACCUAUUGUUGACUGACCUCCCAGUCUCCCCCCAGAAGUCUGCUCCCACUGUAGAGCCUAAUCCAGGCAACGUUAGUCUGGAUAACCUGGUUGAGGGAAAGAGGAGAGUGGGCAGUAAGUAUGCCCAGAGUGAAUGGCCUGACUCCAGACCUGGGAAAUCGUCAGAUUCCACGGACACGCCCAGCAAAUCUAAACCACACAGGUCCUCAACCAGAAAAGCAGCCAACAAAACCGAGGAAUUCGAGAAACCUUCUACAUCAAAAGGAAUGAGGAGGAAUGAAGAGUCAGAUUCAGAGAAACCUUCAACUUCACGGGACCCGAGGAAAAAAUUCCCACCCAUACCCCAGAAAGCAACCAGUACACCCACACCAAAAGAAAAGGGGAAGGGCAAAAGGAAAGCAGUAGACUCUGAAUCCACCCCUACAUAUCCUGACAUACCUGUAGCUGUCUCUCCUAUAGAACAUAGGAGAUCUCCUAGAAAGGUCAGACAAGGUUUAUUUGACAAAGAGAAGCAGCCAUCCAAUCCCUUGCCAUUUGCUGGUUUUGUGUUUCUGCUGACUUAUGUGGAGAAAUCCAGAGACUUUAAGGAAGAGGAAAAGGCUCUCCUACGUAAUCCAAACUUAACUUCUGAUGAGAGCUCAGCAGAAAAUGAAGACGAGACUCCCUUUGAUAAACAAGACAUCACUAGGAGGAUAGUAGCAGGGGGAGGAAAAGUCCUGGACAAGUUUGAUGAGGCCGAGAUUGCCAGUGCCAAGCAGUGUUUCCUGAUCUCUAACUCCUACCAGAGGACCAUUAAAUACUUCCAGUGUCUGGCCGCCGCCAUUCCAUGUGUGUCUCACCUCUGGAUCAGGGAUUCCUCCUCUGAGGGAAUGCUGUUGGAUUACAAAGCUUACAAACUGCAAGCUGGAGUCAGCAUAGAAAAAAGGAAGCUUAUGGAAUGGUCUAACAGGAAGGGGGAUCUAAAGGGCCUGUCUGUGUUUGUGUCCUCCUCCCACAAGAAGUUCCUGGAGGAGUGGUCCUUUACUCUGAGGUUAGCCGGGUGUCAGGUGCUGGACAAACUGCCAUCUGUUAAUUCAGGUACACCUGUUAAUGUGAUAGUGACUGAUCUCACCUGUCCUAAAUCUGUGUUACGUUACAGUAAGAAGUAUGCAAUCCCCUUGGUGGCCUCAGAGUGGGUCAUUCAGUGCUUGAUUAAUGGUAAAAGACUGAGUUUUACAGGACACCCAAGAUACAGUUAUGACUUCAAAGUGUGACAAAACUAGAGGGUUUUACAUUUAAAUUUGAAUCAUUGUAUAAAUACACAUGUCCACUCCUAAUAACCCCUAGAUCCACCACAUUUUAUAUUCAACAGGAAUAAUACUCCUUGAUAUCAUAUAGAUGUGCCUCGUAGUCUUGAUCAAUUCAUCAUGAGAUAGAAUUCAGUAGAAUGCAGUUGGUGUAUAAAAAAGACUGCAAGAUUAUAAAAAUUCUGUAAGGUGUUAGCCAUUAAAAAAUAAUGGACAGUGUACUGAAAGGAGGGGAAAAUCAUAUGUAUUUGUACAUGCAUGUACAUGUUAAUUGUAUACAUUUCAUUUACUUGAGAUUUUAUUUUUCAGUUUUAUCAUUUGUUGCUCAUAUAUGUACUUUUAAUGUUUUCCAUUUUCUGUUCUUAGUAAUUAGUAAUAAUUUUAAUUUUUGUAAACACAGACAAUUGCUGUGUUAAACUAUGACUACUCAUAACAAAAGGCAAGCUUCUUUGUACAUGCCUGUGGAUUCUUGUAUCUUAUUAAAAAUAGACCUAACGAAUAAUGAGAAAAUGUGCUUUCUUAGCUGAAAUGCUAGUACAAUUUAUGUAUACAAAGUAUCCACAAGCAUUUUCACUUCACCUCUGUAACUUACAGUUUUGUGUAAACUGCUUUAAUUUAUUUAAACUUUAAAGAAUUUUUGUUUGAGGAUAUUUGCUUUUAUAAGAGGAAUUUGUUGCAUGAAAAAUAUUUUGAAUUUUUAACACAAAAUGUAGAAAAAUAAAAGAGAAGUCAAAAUUUUUAUUCAGGAUUCUUUUAAUAUAUUCUCUACAUUACAUUAUAGACAUGCUACUUUUACAAACCCCUGAUUUAAUGAAAAUUGUAUUUUUUUAUUUUUACUUUAAACAUGGUUGUGAAGUUAGGAAUAUUUUAAGGAUUAUGUAAUGACAAUUUUAGUUGUCUUCUUUUCACAUCAAUUUCCUACAUACUGUACAUGUAAUCCUAAAAACACACUUCCAAGGUGUAACUGUGCAUGCUUUAUUCUGGCCACUCCCAUUUUUUUUUAAGUCCUCUGUGCCAAAAUUAUUUUUCAGUGAUUAAAAAAUACAACUGAG